AUGAAGCAUUUUUUUAUACUUUGCUUUAUCAGCAUUAACUGCUUCCUGGUCCGGAUGACAGUUUCUGAUAAUAUUGAUCCAUUGGACGUACUUACACUAACAGUAGCUUCAAAUAGAACCGAUGGUUUCGAGAGAUAUUUAAGAUCAGUUCGUGUGUAUGGAUUUGAGAACAACGUCAUGAUCCUCGGUCUGGAUAAACCAUGGAAAGGAGGAAAUAUGAAGAGCCUAGGAGGAGGAUACAAAAUAAAUUUACUGAAAAAAGCGCUAAAGAAAUUUAAAGAUGAUGAGAAGAAAAUAAUUUUGUUUACCGAUAGUUAUGAUGUUAUAUUUUCUUCAAAAUUAGAAGAAAUAGUAAAGAAAUUUAAAACCUUUGAUGCGAGAAUUGUUUUUGGAGCUGAAAAAUUUAUCUGGCCUGAUAAAUCGCUGGCCUCAAAAUAUCCAAAAGUUUAUCACGGUGAAGCUUAUCUGAAUUCCGGUGGGUUCAUUGGAUAUGCCUCUGAUGUAUAUGCUAUUUUAAACGACAAAAAGAUUGAUGAUACUGAUGACGAUCAGCUUUAUUACACAAAUGUUUAUUUGAAUGAAAAUCUUAGAAAGAAAAAUAAGAUUAAACUUGACCAUAAGUGUGAAAUUUUCCAAAAUCUACAUGGAUCGAUCAGAAACAAUUUGUUGAUUGAGUGUGGAUGUCAAAUCCAUCCUGCCAUAACAUUAUCUCAGCACGCGUCCUCACUCCUCUCUAGUAAAUAA